AUGGUCAAUGACGAUGAGCUUGAAAGAGCAGCAAAGCAACUCGCCAACUUUCGCACAGACAAUACGCUUCCAGACAUAUUAGAUCGGUACACCGCCUUGAUAGCGGAUUACAGGCGCCUGAAGAGCGAUUACGAGGAGGAGCGGGACUCGAGGGAAAAGUACAAGCAGAUUGCUAAAGGCCAGGAGCGCAAUCCCUUUGUGCUCGUCUUGAUUGAUGGCGAUGGCUACGUCUUCAACGGGAACCUAGUGAGCACCGGUGUCGAGGGGGGCCGUAGUGCAGCGCAACUACUCAACGAGGCCAUCAAGACCAGUCUCCGGACCAAGGGCCUCGACCACUGUCAAAUCAUGGUACGCGUUUGGGCGAAUCUUGCCGGCUUAUCAAAGACGCUCCACAAAGCAGGUCUCGCUGGCCCUGAGAAGCGCUCCCUUUCUCCCUUUGUCGCUAGCUUCAAUAGGUCGUACGGCCUCUUUGACUUCGCUGAUGCUGGCGAGUGGAAAGAGAAUGCAGACUUUAAGCUGCGCGCCAUGCUCAACCUGUAUGCAGAGAACACUCAGUGCAAACACAUCUACUUUGCGGCUUGUCAUGACGUUGGAUACAUUUCCGAUCUGACGACGCAUAUCGGCAACAACGAGAGAUUCACGCUCAUUACCUCGCCUGGUAUAAAAUUUCACGAUGAAUAUGUCAAACUGGGCUUGGGGAUUGAGGAGUUUCCUGGGGUGUUCCACCCAACAUCGCUAGGCGCAACAUCCGUUUACCAGUCUCCUCGUUCCAGCUCUACCUCGACCAAAACUGCUGCCACGGUGACUCCAUCAGCAACCCUAAGUUAUUUCGACUAUUCCGAGGCAGGUGAACGUAAGAUUUGCCACUUUUAUCGGAUUGGAAAAUGCAAAUAUGGAAAUAAUUGCAACAAAUUGCAUGUUGACGACGAUACAAACAUAUACAUGUAG